AUGUUGAGCCGCGAAGCGGCGACUUUCCGAGGUUAUUUACAAUACUCUCGCCGCUUCGCGGCUCGCCUCGCCCAUUCGGGACUCAUUCGUACUAACCUCGGAAAGUCGCCGCUUCGACAUGAGCGAAUGAAGUACCAUCACGAUGCAAUGAUCGCUACCGAAUCCUUCCUUAAUUCGGUUGAAAACCCAGAGCAAAACGUGGACAACCGAAUAGAUGACGAAAAGUGGAAGAAUAUUAUCAGAAAUAGGCACAGCGUUAAAUGUGUUUCAGAAGCCAUUCUUUUCUGUGGUCGACAAAGCAUUGCCCUGGGUGGAGAUUACGAAGUCUUGAACGAAGACAGUUGUGGAAAUACAGGCAAUUUCUUAGCGGCUCUGCAGAUGAUAGCUAACCACGACGACAUUUUGAAACAAAACUUAGACAAUAUCCAACUCUCCAGCAGCAACAUUACUUACAUGUCGCCUUUAAUCCAGAAUGAGAUCAUUGAAAUUAUUGGACAGGAUAUCCUAUUAAAAAAUCUGCUAGAGGAAAUCAAGGCCGCCAAGCUCUACAAUAUAAUGGCGGACGAGGUAACGAGUCACAACAAAGAGCAACUGGCGUUGUGUGCACGCUUCAUCGACAAGAACAACGAUGUCAGGGAGGACUUUCUUGCCUAUAUUUGUCUGCCUCGAAUAACCGGCGAGGUAAUAGCGGAAACAAUAGUGUCUACUUUGCAAGGUCUUGGUCUGGAAAUAGAGAACGUGAGUGGUCAGGGGUACAAUGGUGCCGCUAACAUGUCCAGUGACAACGUGGGGGUUAAUUCAGCGUUGAAUAAGAGAACGCUCGCCAAAGGCUGUAUAUGUACACUGCAGUGGUCAUGGCCUUAA